CCGUUGACUUCACAAGCUUAGAAAAAGAUCUAUGGGUUGCUAAUGUGCACUAGGGACUUGUCCAAGGAAGACUGCAACACGUGUCUUAGCAGUUAUAUCCCACAAAUUAAGAAUUUGGGUAAUGGGCACCAGCAAGGUGGGGUCCUUCUUGGAAUGAGUUGUUAUCUGAGGUUUGAAGUGUAUCCCUUCUACAAUUUCUCUGCAAUCAAUGCAGACACUUCUCCGCCAGUUUCUUCUCCACCCGAUGCAAUUGUAAGAACAUCCCCACCUGUUUCUUCAGUGCCAGGGAAAAGUAACAAAACUGCAACAGUUAUUGCAGCUAUUGCAAUUCCUGCAGUUGCUGCAGUUGUGCUCCUGCCAGUCACCUGCUUUUGCCUGCGUAAAAGAUGGGUGAACAAAAAGAGAGCAAAAAAAAUCAAUGCCAAACACCGUCCUGUUGUACUAGAUGGACGAGAUGAACAAGAGCUCCCAGAUGCAGAAUCUUUAUUAUUUGAUUUAGUUACUCUCAAGGAAGCCACUGAUGACUUUUCUGAAGCUAACAAGCUGGGACAGGGUGGAUUUGGACCUGUUUAUAAGGGAGUUCUGGAUGAUGGACAGCAGAUAGCUGUGAAAAGACUGUCAGGGAAUUCAUCUCAAGGACUAAUUGAGCUGAAGAAUGAGGUGUUUUUGGUCGCUAAACUUCAGCACAGGAAUCUUGUCAGGCUUUUGGGUUGCUGCUUACAAGAACAGGAGAGGCUACUUGUUUAUGAGUACCUUCCUAAUACCAGCCUGGACAAAUUCUUGUUUGAUUCUGUAAGAAGGAGACAACUGGACUGGAGAAGCAGAUACAAGAUCAUCGAAGGCAUUGCACGGGGGCUUCUUUAUCUCCAUGAAGAUUCACGUCUCAAGAUAAUACACCGAGACUUGAAAGCAAGUAACAUUUUGUUAGAUGGCGAUAUGAAUCCCAAAAUUUCAGAUUUCGGUCUCGCUAAGCUGUUUGAUAUUGAUGAAACACAAGGAAACACCAGCCAAAUAGCUGGAACAUAUGGAUACAUGCCUCCGGAGUAUGUUCGGCAAGGCGUGUUCUCAACUAAAUUAGAUGUUUAUAGUUAUGGAGUGUUGGUUCUGGAGAUCGUGACAGGUCGGAAGAACAGUGGCUUCCACGCAUCUGAGAAUGCUCCUGAUCUUCUGACUUAUGUGUGGCAGCACUGGACAGGAGGAACGCCAUUGGACUUGAAGGACCAGAGCUUAGAUGGUGAUGAUUUCCGAACUGAAGAAAUGCUGAGAUGCGUACACAUUGGAUUGCUUUGUGUCCAUGAAGAUCCAACACAGAGGCCAAGCAUGACAUCCAUUGUUCUCAUGCUCAAUAGUUACUCUUCUUCUCUUCCAGCACCUUCUCCGCCUACUUACUACUUUCCAAGCUACAUGAUGAACAGGGUUCAGUCAAUGAUAGAUGAAUCUUCUUCUCAAAAAAGUGAGAAAACUGUGAAUGAUGCAUCGAUUACUGAAAUGGACCCACGCUAGUGGUUUUAAAGCCGUAAGUUCGUGUAGUCUAAGACAGCAAGUGUGACAAAAACUUAUUUUUUCCUAAAAAACGUAGCCUUUCCCUUUACUGCUUCAGUGCUUCAUGUAAGCAAGCGUUUGUUUUUUAAUAAAUAAAUAUGAAUAGUCCCAUGAUAUAAUACCCGGGGGGGGCCCUCCCCCUAUAAUACUGUUUAUGUUCAGUACUAUUUAUGUGUUGUUCACGGCCUAGG